GGUCUACGAUAUAUAUAUAUAUAUAUAUAUUAUCGCGUUCGCCAGGUGACCGUUAAAAUGAAAGAACUGUAUAAAAAUAGUUCAUUUGCAAAUAGUGCCUUCUGCGGUAACAGAGUAAAAUGGUCCAAUUCGUUAAAGAAAUUGAUAAACUCUAUUGGUUGAAUUUAAGAUAAUUAAAAUAAUCAAAUACCGACGAUUUUCUUCUAAAUGUGAAAUGGCAAAGCAGUGAUAUACAAAUAAUUAGCAAAAUGUCGCUGUACUUUGAUACUAGAGUGCAAAAUCCUGAGGUAAACUCAGUAAGCACAUUCGCAUCAUGGCACUCGAAUCUCCCAUUGCUUGCUGUGGCGGCUUUCUCACAGGACAGGGGUGGCUUUGUAACUGUCUACGAUGAUCAGGGUGAGCCUCUCCCAGAUGUGGAAACUACAGGCCAUUCUGUGGCUCAGGUCACAGCACUGUCAUGGCAUCCUGAGAGGAAAUGGCUGGCUGUUACUUGGGAGAGUGGUGAACUCAGGAUAUGGGCUGGGGAUACAGGUUCCAGUGAGUUCAAUAUCAUUGUCACACCACACAAAGAUCCUGUGACAAUCUUGCAAUGGAGUCAGCAUGGUGGUCGCUUGGUCUCAGGGGAUAUAGCUGGCUCUAUGGUUGGCUGGAAAAUGGAUGGAAGAGGCCAGCUUCUUAUGAUGUUUCAUCACGAACUGAAACAAUCUCUUACACUAAUUGCAUUUAAAAUUACUCCCCCAAAACCUGCACUUGACAUAAGUGGGUUGGCAAGAGCAGCAGUGGCUGGAGAUGAACGGGCUCUGGAUUUAUUCAGCUCCUGGAGGCCAAGAACUGCUGCUCCAACUGCAUUACCAAUUCAGAGAGACAAUCAUGCUUUUUAUGUUGGAACAGUUAAUGGGAUUGUUUACUAUGUCGAUAAUCAAGGCCAAUGUAUUCAAGUACUGAACAUGGAUGGAUCUACUCUGCACUGUUUACUGCAUCAUCAGACAAGAGAAUCAAUUGUCAUCAUGAGUGAAGGCCUGCACAUUGGUCACUUCCAAGCUGAUGCUGUCACUGGCCGUUUAACAGAAUUGACAAAGGUGAAACUCAGUGGCAGAAGUGACAUGACUAGAAAUGGACCAUCUCUGUGCUGGGCUGGCAUCAAUACGCUUGCAAUUCUGACUGGAGAACUGAUGGUCAGAAUGUGGGAUCUUCACACUGGAGAUACUUAUGUCUUGACUCCAGCGGACAAUUCAACUCCAGGAAAGCUUGCUACACCCCAGGAAGUCUGCACCAGCUUGUCAUACUGCAAGACAAACGACACUCUGGCAGCGGGUACAAAUCUAGGUACGAUCUACCUGUGGAAACGUCGGCGCGUUCCUCUACCCGAGAGCGAAGAGAACUCCUGGCCAGCGAACCCGGAGCACUGCUCGAUUCCGGGUACGGUCAAGCAGAUCACCUGGGGUGCAGCAUUACUUCGUAGUCCACUGCUUGCCGUCAACUGCGUUAGUAAUGUCUACGUGUUGCACCAGCAGCCAAUGUGCGCAGCUUACGCCGAGUCCGUAUGCGCCAGCCAGAUCAGUCCAUCCCAGUUACUCGUUGAAAUUCAGCAGCAAGGAGAGAAAAAUGUGAGUUUCACGUUGAAGACGGAUAUACAAGUGCAGGUCGUUGCGGUGAACAGGAGCUACGUAGCUGUAUCGUCAGGAAGGCAUGUGGCGGUGUACAAGAUUGCCGGGGCGGACGGACAGAGCAGUACUACGGUACUCAUGAGCUUUGGAUGCGAUACCGAGAAGUUGCUCAUACACGAUGCUGUGCUGAUUAUUUUGACGCCGCAGGUUAUCCAAUUGCGGUCGAUCGAGGAGGGAACCCUAAUUCAAACCCUACCUACCCUCCCCGAGGAGGGUGAGCCAAUAACAAUGGAGCUUACCGGUGAUUACCUCACGGUAGCCUCACUUAACGGUAUUCUGAAGAUUUGGGAUCUGGGCAAGCGUGAAGCAAAGCUUCAUACGCGGGCCAUGGCCACCUACGAGGCCAUCAGUGAUUUUGCUGAAAUCAUCGAGGCUCGUUGUAAUUCUGACUGCAGAUUUGUUUCUAUCACUGUGGCAAUGGCCAACUUGAUGCCCAGCUCGAUACUCUACGUGUGGGACAUUGAGAGCGACCAAAUCCACGAGUUCGAUUUUGCUGAGAACGACGCCGAGGAUGACUCUCCAUUGGUUGCCAAGUGUAAGGGAAGAUUAGUGACUGCCCAUUGCUGGGACAACGAUGAUCCGAGGCUUCUAAUAUGUCGCGCACAGAGGCCUGAGAGUUUCAAUCCUAAAUCUUCGACCGAUUUAAUCAACGAGCAAGAAAGCACAAUGAACGUAGUGCUAGUGACGAUGUUCGCGACGUCUGAGCACGGUAUUGUGGUACAAGACGUUCGACCAGUGAAAGACGAUAACUGUCGACUACUGGGUGUCCAGUCGCCCCAAAUAAUUAUUCUUGACUCGGAGGAGUCCAGUGGAAGCAAGACUGUCCGUCUGUUGAUGCGCGAUUUCGAGGAGCUCGGACUCUGCGACCAAGCUACCAAACGGGCUAUUCUAGACUUUUGUUUCUAUCUCAGCGUUGCUAAUAUGGAUGAAGCGUUCAAGGCUAUCAAGACGAUACAGAACGAGGCAGUGUGGAAGAGCCUUGCAAAAAUGUGCGUCAAGACGAAACAAUUGGAUAUGGCGAUGCUAUGUCUAGGUCAUAUGAAACAAGCUAGGAGUGCCAGAGCUCUUCGUGAGGCUAUGCACGACGAUAGUCUUAACCUCGAGGCCAAAAUUGGCAUUCUCGCAGUUGAACUAGAGCUUUAUAAUGAUGCAGAACGGCUGUUUCGAGAAGCAAGUCGACUAGACCUCGUGAGUUCGUUGCUAGAAGCUCGAAACAAAUUCAAGGAGUCGAUUGAACUGGCCAAGGAGGAGAAUAAGAUUCGAGAGAAGACGAGUUACUACAACUAUGCGCGAGCGCUCGAGCUGGAAGGGAAGACCAACGAAGCCAUAGACAUGUACACCAAGGCUGAGUGUCACAGGUUUGAAGUGCCCAGAAUGCUACUGGGCACACCCAGGGAGUUGCAGAACUAUCUUAACAACUCUGAGGAUCCCGAAAUAAAGAACUGGCACGCCCAGUACACAGAGUCUCAGAACGACAUGGAGACAGCUCUAAAACUUUACGAGCAAGCACGAGAUACUCUAUCAAUGACUCGACUGCUGUGCUUCUUCAGUCGAGAGAACGAGGCCUGCGAUCUGGUAAACCGGACCAAGCACGCAGCCUCAGCCUACCACCUGGCUGCCCAUUACGAGUCUCGUGGUAACGUUAGUCAAGCUGUUCAUUUUUACACGAUGGCCCGAGCUUAUACCAAUGCUAUUCGCGUCAGCAAGGAGAACGACAUGCUCGAGGAGCUCUGGCCUCUGGCCAUGAUGGCACCUAGGCAGGCUCAGAUUGAUGUGGCCAAAUACUACGAGGAAAUUGACCAGGUGGACAAAGCGAUCCUGCUCUAUCAUAAAGCAGGUCUUUUGAAGAAGGCACUGGACUUGGCCUUUAAGACGCAACAGUUCAAUGCCCUACAACUUAUAACCAUGGACGUGAACGCGGACUCUGAUCCGGAGUUAAUCGCCAAGUGCGCCGAGUACUUUGUACAGAACGCUCAGAUCGACAAGGCCGUUGACCUAUUAGCUACCGGUAAAAACUACGACGAAGCGCUCAGACUCAUUGACGAAUACGACAUUCAUUUGUCUGAGGAACUAGCGGAGAAGAUGACCCUCGAGAGAAUGGAGAAAGACCUGGACAAGGAGCGAGCACGUAUUGCGACUCUGGAAAAAAUCGGCGAGAUCGCGUUGAAUCAGGGCAACUACCACUUAGCGACGAAGAAGUUCACGCAAGCCGGCAAUAAGCUGAGAGCCAUGAAAGCUUUGCUCAAGUCCGGCGAUACCGACAAGAUUUGUUUCUUCGCCCAAGUGUCCAGGCAACGCGAAAUUUACAUCAUGGCCGGCAAUUACCUCCAGUCCCUCGACUGGCAAAAUCAGCCUGAGGUUCUGAAGAAUAUCAUCAACUUUUACUCCAAGGGUAGGGCAAUGGAUCUACUCGCCAACUUCUACGUGGCCUGUGCUCAGGUCGAAAUCGACGAGUUCCAGAACUACGAGAAGGCCCUUGAUGCGCUCAACCAAGCUGCCAGAUGCCUUUCCAAGGUCCAGGAUCCCAAGGACGAAGACAUGCACAAGAGGGCUAUCGACAUUGUUAACGGAAGAAUGACCACGAUCAAAAGAUUCCUCGAUAUCAAAAAGUUAUUCGAUAGAGGAGAAACGGAAACCGCAAUGAGCCAUGUUCGCUACUUGUUAGAUUCCCAAGGUCCUGAUUUAGAGCAGUCGAUUCGUCGGGGUGAUCUAUUUGCGAUGAUAACGCAGCACUACGCAAGUAUAGGUGAAAACGAGAAGGCUCGAGCCUCCGUCGAGGAACUGAAACGCCUCGUGCCCGGAAUCAAUUUGAGCUACUACUACAACGUAAAUCUGCUCGAAAAACUCGGCUUCAAGAUCAACGUUGAAAGACAAGAAUCGUCCGAUCGCGAGGACGAUAUCGAGGAGCUUUUAGGUGAAUAAUAAUAGAAUAUGUGAUCUCAGUAACGAUCCGUCCACUAAAAGUAUUGUAUUAGAUUUAAGUGCAUUGAAUAAAUUUAUUUUGUGCCUUAUCAA